AAGGUUUUUGAUAGCUGUAUCCUGUUUUAUUUAUAUUUUCAUCAUUCUGCUGUGAGGAUAUUUUCACGAUUUUCACGAUUAUUACGAUUAUUACGAUUUAUUUCAAUUAUUACCACCUACCACCAAACCAGCCCACACAGACCAGCCCACACAGACCAGCCCACCGCCUUUAUCCAUCCCGAAAUUACGAACCUCUCCUUUUGACGACGAGUCUUGACGACGACAACGAGCUUUUCGAAUAUCAUACCUGACAACGAGGCCAAGGGAAACAUACAAAUACGAACAAAUACUCCCAUGGUCUGAUCUUCCAUCGAGCAAACCAACCCCCCCUCUCUCGGCGCCUUGCGCCAUCCGCUCUCUCCCUCAUCAUGUCCUCAGUCCAUAUCCUCUACGAUGCAGCAAACACCCUCUCCACCCGCGCCGAGCUCGGUGGCCCAGCCGAGUCCCGGCCGCCAAUCUACAAGACGAUCGGUAUCGUUCUCGCCAUCGCCUCAGGCUGCUUCAUCGGCGUCUCCUUCAUCUUCUCCAAGAUGGGCCUGCUCAAGGCGAACAAGAAGUACGACGAGAUCCCCGGCGAGGGCUACGGAUACCUCAAGAACGCAUGGUGGUGGGGCGGCAUGUCCCUCAUGAUCGUCGGCGAGAUCUGCAACUUCGUCGCAUACGCCUUCACCGAUGCGAUUCUCGUCGCCUCGAUGGGAGCGCUGAGCGUCGUCAUCAGUACUGUGCUGUCAGCCAUAUUCCUUAAAGAACGAUUGAGCGCUGUUGGGAUGGUGGGAUGCCUCCUCUGCAUCCUCGGCAGCGUCGUCAUCGCACUCAAUAUCCCGGCGUCGAGCUCCGUCACCAACAUCCAGGAGAUGCAGCACUUUGUUAUACAGCCGGGAAUCCUCGCCUACGGCGGCGUCGUGAUCGUGGGAUGCGUAUUCAUUGGGGUGUGGGUUGCGCCACGGUACGGGAACAAGACCGUGCUCGUAUACUUGUCUAUUUGCAGUCUGAUCGGAGGCCUGAGUGUCGUUGCUACCCAAGGGCUGGGUUCAGCGAUUCUGGCGCAGAUUGGCGGGCAGAAGCAGUUUAAUCAGUGGUUUUUGUAUGUGCUGUUUGCAUUUGUGGUGGUCACUUUGGUCACCGAGAUUAUCUAUUUAAAUAAAGCUCUCAAUAUCUUCAACGCGGCACUGGUCACGCCAACCUACUACGUCUACUUCACCAGCGCCACCAUCGUCACCUCCGCCAUCCUCUUCAAAGGCUUCGGCGGCACCCCCUCCCAAAUCAUCACCGUAAUCAUGGGCUUCCUCACCAUCUGCUCCGGCGUCGCCCUCCUCCAGCUCUCCAAAUCCGCCAAGGACGUCCCCGACGCCGCCGUCUUCUCCGGCAACCUCGACCAGAUCCGCACCAUCGCCGAGCAAGAGCAGCCCGAGUCCGAGCCCAAGGCUGACGCCAUCCGCGGCACCGCGGCAAUCAUCCGUCGCCUCUCCACCGCGCGCCAGAACAUGGAGCUGGCGGAGGCGCGUCGUCUUCAUGAUGAUAUGCAAUCUGAUCUCCAACCCGUCAGCGAGAAUGAGCAGAUUGAAUGGGAUGGAUUGAGGAGGAGGCGCACUACGUAUGGGAGCGCCCACCGCCCCUUCACACCCGCGUACACCGCAUCUCCCCACCCGCCACUAGGAAUGUCGCGUUUCCCCACCGACGAAGAACUCGCUGCCGAAGAACGCCCUACUACCGGCUCCCUCACACCAUCAUUCCUCGGCACGAUCCGUACGCGCGCGCGCAGCAUGGUCCCUGGCUCCAUCCGCCACGUCGACGACGCCGGCGCGCAGAGCCCUAUGCACCCCGUCGCCCUAACCUCCAUCGCCGUCCCGGGUUACUACGACACCACCGGUCUCGACGAGCAGAAAACCGCGUAUGACGGCCACGGCGGGAUCAGCGGCGAGCCGCACAUCCAAUUCGCGGAAGACCCUCGCGGCGGGAGCGGGAGCGGCCACCUAGCGGCUGAGCGCCCACCGCAGAGCGCGAGGAGGCAGUUUAGUUUCCAGAACGUGUUCCGCAAGGGCAACGCCACGCCGACGAUUGAGGAUAUGUCUGACCGCGAGAUACGGGCUCGAGAGCGCGAGAAGGAACGCGAAUUAGCGGGUCAUAAGAACAGACCGGGGCUGGGAAGUCGGGGGACGAGUCAUAGUGUGAAGAAAUCGGCGGGAGGGGCGUCGGAGGAGGAGAGGGCGGGGUUGGUGAGGCCGAGGGUCGACAGUGGGAGUGAUGUCACGAGAAGCUUUCCGGAGUAUGAAGAAGAAGAAGGGUGGGAGGCGGGGAGGGAGAAGCCGCCGCCGGUGCCGAAGCAUGGGGCGGGGGAAGGGGGGUAUGAGGCUAUAAGGGGGGGUGGGAGGGGAGGGGGAGGCGGUGGUGGUGGGAGGGGGAGGAGGGGGACGGAUGGGAGUGAGAGUCCGCCGUUGCCGCCGUUUGAGAAAGGGGGGGGGAAGGGUGUUUAUUUGAGGGGGUUGGAUGGUUGA